AUGUCAGCGGGUCGUUCCGAUGGUACGAAACAGUUGACUACCGAACAACGCCAACGCGUUCGAGUCCUAUACUUCGAUACGGCCAAAAGCCAAGCCGAGAUCAGUCGUAUCACUGGCUACACUAAAGCCCACAUCCGGACCGCAAUAUGCGCUCGCGAUGCAGGUGCCCACAGGGGCACUAGCCGGCCUCGGACAUUGACGCCAGACAAAAAAGCUCGCCGAAUGGGCUUCCUCGAGCUCUCAAAAAUCAUCGUCGCUAGACCAAAGAUCCUUUGGACUGAUGAGACUUGGGUUACUGGUAGCCCGCAUAGGGAGCAGUAUAUAACCCGGCGUCCAGGCGAGGAGUCGGAUCCUACUUGUAUUGGAAAGAUCAACGCCGAGACCUACGGCGUGUAUACUAUACCUGUAAUUCAUGGCUCGGUACAGUUAUACAAGGAACAGCUUAGUAAAAAUCCAAUCCUAAUGCAAGACGGCGCUCCAGGGCAUACAGCUACGGAGAUCAAGGAAGAUCUCCGCGAGCGAGGUAUUACUAUGAUGGAGUGGCCACCCUUUUCAUCAGACUUGAACCCCAUUGACCUGUAUAGCCUUGAAGAAAAGCCCACGUACAAUAAGUCAAUAUGUCAAGGACCACUACCGGACAACUACUUAAAGGAGCUAUUGGCCUCGAUGCUAGAUCGUUGCAAAGCAGUGAUUGCAGCUAAGGGUAUACUUACAGAAUAUUAG